ACAGUGCCGAAGAUGGCGGAGAGUUAAUGGUGUAAAGAAGAAAUUAUCGAUCCGGUUGAGAGAUACGUCCGUAAGACUCCAUUGACCAGCCCACAUAGGACCACACCCCCCAGAGAGAGGGGAGGGGGGAUCUGAUCGUCCAUCAUCUCGGGCGCCGUCACAAGGUGCUGAUAUGUGUGCACGAUGAGCGGACUGGGGGAGAACUCCAUGGAGCCUCUGAGCUCAGAAAACCGGAAACGCAAGCUCUCCACUUGCGACACGCCUGGUCUGGGGUGUGAGAGGAAGCGACGGGAGCAAGAGAGCAAAUACAUAGAGGAGCUGGCGGAGCUGAUCUCUGCCAACCUCAGCGACAUCGACAGCUUCAACGUCAAACCAGACAAAUGUGCCAUCCUCAAAGAGACGGUGCGCCAGAUCCGUCAGAUCAAAGAGCAGGGGAAAGCUUCAUCCAACGACGACGACGUCCAGAAAUCAGACGUGUCCUCGACAGGUCAGGGGGUCAUCGACAAGGACCACCUGGGGCCGCUCCUGCUGCAGGCUCUGGACGGCUUCCUGUUUGUGGUGAACCGGGAGGGCAGCAUCGUGUUCGUGUCGGACAACGUGACGCAGUACCUGCAGUACAAACAGGAGGAACUCAUCAACACCAGCGUGUACAAUAUUCUCCAUGAGGACGACAGGGAGGAGUUCCACAAGAACCUGCCCAAGACCAGCAUAAAUGGAGUGUCGUGGGGAAGCGAGGCGGCCCGACAGAAGAGUCACACCUUCACCUGCCGGAUGCUGGUCAAGUUUGGCCACACCCACGGCCCCAUGGAGGAGGGGCCAGGAGGGCCGCGCUACGAGACCAUGCAAUGUUUUGCUCUUACUCAGCCCAAGGCCAUGAUCGAGGAGGGGGAAGACCUCCAGUCAUGUAUGAUCUGUGUGGCCCGUCGGGUGACAGCCAUGGAGAGAACGGAGAGCUUCAACACCCGACAUGAGCUCUCAGGUAAACUGAUCCAGAUCGACCAGAACUCUCUGCGAGCAUCGAUGCGUCCAGGCUGGGAGGAUUUGUUGAGGCGUUGCAUUCAAAUGUUCCUUCAGCACAGUGACGGGCAGCCAUGGUCGCACAAACGCCACUACCACGAGGCCUUCCUGCAGGGUCAUGCUGAGACACCCUUGUACCGCUUCUCCCUGUCCGAUGGCACUCCGGUUACAGCCCAGACCAAGAGCAAACUGUACCGUCACCCCAUGAGCAACGAGCCGCAGGGCUUCAUCUCCACUCAUCUGCUGCAGAGGGAACCAAACGGCUACCGCUCAGCUCAGGGUGGGAACAUGAUGCCGAACACUAUGAGACAACAGGGCAUGGGAGGCCCCAACCCCAACGCCCAAAUGAACAUGAACACUGGCGGAGGGAUGGGCAUGGGCGGCAUGGGCGGCAUGAGCAGGGGCUUCGGCAUGAACGAGCAGGGCCACAUGGGUCACAUGGGUCCGAUGGGAGGCGGCUCUAUGUAUGGAGGGAGCGGUGGAGGGGGAAAUGGAGGUGGAGGCAUGGGCAACCGCAUGAUGCAGAUGAAUCAGAUGGGGCAGAUGAAUCAGGUGGGGCACAUGAAUCAGAUGAAUCAAAUGGGUCCCAUGAAUCACCCGGGUCAAGGCAUGCAGCAGCACCCACAGCAGCCCCCGUUUCAGAGCAGCGGAGGGUUUGGGCUGAGUGGCAUGAACAGCCCCUCGGGAAGCCCCAGAAUGGGCGGCCCCCAGCAGGGACUCCUGAUGUCACCCCGUAACCGAGGAAGCCCAAAGAUGGGCGCCAACCAGUUCUCACCUGGAGGCAUACACUCUCCCAUGAGUGGUAUUGUCGGUGGUGGAGGAAGCGGAGGGAGCACCACCACCUUCUCCAGCAGCUCCCUAAAUGCCCUACAAGCGAUCAGUGAAGGUGUAGGGAGCUCCCUCCCCUCCACCCUAACGUCGCCCUCCCCAGCCCACAAACCAGACAGCUCUCCCAGCGUCCACUCCUCGUCCUCUUCCUCUCAGCCCAGUCAGCCGGCCAAACCGGGCCAAGACGGCUCCAAAAGCCCAGCGGGAGGCUUGGGGCCUGGUCCCAGCGACCAUCACCACCCCAUGCACCAUCAUCACCAUCAUCAGCAUCCUCAGGCUGAGAGUUCUGGAGACCGACCAGACAGCCAGGCAGCUGCAGCGACUAAAGAGUCUGGAGAGGGAAGCAAUGAGGCGGGGGUGGCGAGCUCUGAACCGCCUCGGAGGGUGCCAGACAGUAAGGGGCACAAGAAGUUGCUGCAGUUACUGACUUCGCCGACUGAGGAGCUGGGAAUAGGUGGCAGCGGGCCAACAGGGCCGCCUGUACCGCCCCCAUCAACUGGCAGCAGCACUCCUGCAGGCUCAGACAGUAAGGACCCCACUGGAGGCAUGACCAGCCCCUCAUCUACUGGGGUGUCCUCCUCUUCAUCAGCCAGUGCCAAUCCAGGCCAGGCAACCGGGCCAGGGGGAGUGUCAGCAUCGAUAUCGUCAGCGCACUACACAGGUACGCUGCAAGAAAAGCACAAGAUCCUCCACAAGCUUCUUCAAAAUGGAAAUACCCCAGAUGAAGUGGCGAAGAUCACAGCUGAGGCGACAGGGAAGGUGACGCUGGGAGGCCAGGAAGGGGGUGAGGCUGGGUCUGGAGGAUCAGGGGCCGGGGCUGGGCCGGGAAUGGUCACGGAGCCCAAGCAGGAGCAGCAUAGCCCCAAGAAGGAGAAGACCCACGCCCUCCUCCACUACCUCCUCAACAAGGAUGAUUCCAAAGAGCCAGUGGAUGUCAAGCCUAAACUCGAAGAGCUGGAGGGGAAGGGAGCCCCAGGGGCCGCUGGCGGUCCUCCACGGGGCGGCCCUGGAUCUGGGCCCGGCCCUGCACCUGAACAUCCUGAGAGCAAGAUCAAGUCAGAGCCACCUGAUGACUUGCACAACCUGGAGUCCAUCCUCGGAGAUUUAAGGGGUUCAAGCUCUGACUUUUACCCAGAUCAGGCUGGUGGCGGAGGGGCUAAUGACACAGGAAGCAAACCCCAGGGUUGCCUUGACGACAGCCUGCAGGGGAGUCCGGGAAUGGGUGCAGGCCCUCGGGGGCCCUUCCAGAGGACCAUGUCCAUGGAUGGGAAGCCUGGUCCUGGUGGGCCUGGAGGAGCAGGCAGACGCCCCAUGCUUAUCAAGCAGGAGAACAUGAUGGGCAGCCCAGAUGGUUACCCAGGAAACAUGGGACCAAUGAAUCGCGGCAUGGUCCCCCAGAGGUCUCCCAUGGGGGGUUCAGGGGACUGGGGCAUGACCCGCUCCAGUGGCAGUCCAGUAGGCUCAGCAGGACACCCCUCCAUGAUGCGUCAGGGUAUGGAGUACAACAAUAGUAAGGGCAUGAUGUCAGGACCGAUGGUCAGCCGCUCCAACAGCGUCCCGGGCACCAGGUCUAUGCUGCAGCAACAGCUCAUGGAUAUGGGAGGCUCUGCUGACAUGGGCAUGGGUAUGAGUCCCUUCAGCCAGCAGGGCCAGCCCAACCAGUCCCCCUCCUGGCCGGACGCUAUAAUGGGCAUGGAGGGUAACAGACGCCAGUUUGGCAACACGUUAGAUGAUCUCCUGGUGCCUCCCACCACCAGUGAGGGCCAGAGCGACGAGCGGGCGCUUCUGGACCAGCUGGACUCUCUGCUGAAUAACACAGACGGCAUCGCUCUGGAGGAGAUAGACCGAGCACUUGGCAUCCCAGACCUCGUCAGCCAGAACCAGGGAGGCGAGCAGCAGAUGGAGCCGUUUCCAGGGCAAGACCCGUCCAUGGUGCUGGACCAGAAGCCUAUUUACGGACAGGGCUAUCCCGGACCCCCCGCCAUGCCGAUGCAGUCCGGCUAUGGAGGGAACCCCAUGCAGGGACAAGCCCAGCAGGGGGGAUUUGGGCCCAUGCUCUCUCAGAUGGGCCAAGGCGGCAGCUUCCCUGGUAUGGGUGGGAUGGGCGGCAUGGGUCACCCUCGCGCCAACAUGAUGAGGCCCAGGAUGAUGACCGCCAACAAGCCCAUGAGGCUCCAGCUACAGCAGAGGCUGCAGGGACAGCAGUUCAUGAAUCAGACGCGACAGGGCAUGGGCAUGAAGAUGGAGAACCCUGGAGGAAACCCUGGCAUGAGGCCCGGCAUGCAGCCCGGCAUGGGAGGACAGCCGGGCUUCCUCAAUGCUCAGAUGAUGGCUCAGCGCAGCAGAGAGAUGGUCACCUUGCAGAUGAGGAGGCAGCGCAUGAUGAUGCUGAUGCAGCAGCAACAGCAGCAGCAGGCAGCCGCCGCCGCAGCUGCAGCCGCGGGAGGAUUCAGUCCCCCUCCAAACGUCACGGCUCCUGGUGGCAUGGAGAACCCUAUGGGAGGCCCAAACAUGGGCCAACCCGGCCCCCAGCAGUUUGGAUAUGGUGGGAGCUAUGGGAUGGGCCAGCAGGGAGACCCCUCGUUUGGCCCAUCAGGUGGCAGUCCUCCUAACGCCAUGAUGCCCGGCCGCCUGGGGCCUCAAAACCCCAUGAUGCAACAGCACCCGCAGGGUGGUCCCAUGUACCAGGGGGCAGACAUGAAAGGCUGGUCGCAGGGAGGCAUGGGACGCAACAGUUCGUACCCUCAGCAGCAGUUUGGGCAGCAGGGACCUCCAGGGCAGCAGCAGUUUGGGCAGCAAGGGAAUCCAGGCCAGUAUGGGGGCAUGAUGAUGAACGGGGGCAUGCCAGCCAGCGGAGGAGGAGGUCACAUGGGCCAGAUGGGAGGGCAGAUGGGUAUGAACCCAAUGGUGAUGGGGCGCAUGCCGAUGGGGCCUGAUCAGAAAUACUGCUGAGCAUCGUGACAGAAGCAUUUGUCUCACUGUGAUCUCCAUUCAGAGAUAGGACACGGCUGCAGCUCUGGAGUGUGUGUGGAGGACCCAGCGGUGUGUGUGUGUGUGUGUGUGUGUGUGUGUGUGUGUCUGUGUGUAGUGCUGCUCUCCCACCAGACGGGGGAGUGAACUUCCUUUGGACUCGUGGCCAGUAACGGCAGUCUGGCAACCGUGGAGGAAAACAGACAGACUGUCUCACACGUACAUGAAAACACACAGCGUUCAUAAAAAUCAGAAACACUGUGACACAUUUACACACAAAUCCUAAAGACAGCCCUGUGAUUCCUCUCGUAGACUGUAGAUUAAUAUUUCUCUCUUUAUGAGCGGCGUGUGUGUGCCUCAGUGAACACACGCCGCUCGCUGGACCAAACAGUGAAGGUGGACGGACACUUUGGUCAAACAUGUUAAAGACAUCCUCUCCUCUGUCGAAUGUACCAUGAAGCUGUGUUCAGAUUUAAAAUGUGAGACUCCACUAUUUGUUUCUGAACUUCGUGGGAUUUUUUUUGGUUUUUUUUACCCGCCGUCUCUCUGCUGCUCCUGGAGGAUCUCUAGAGUAAAUGUGGCUCAAAAUGACGAGCCGCCAGAUUGUGACACUCAGAUGAAUGUCAUUAAAGCAGUAGCACAUUGUUUCGUCCCUCCAGGACGCCGCUGAGCUAAAGUACGAGUGAAUUACUUGUUGGCUGAUUGCACUUUAAGGAGAGGCCAACAUCAAAAGGAUUGUGGCAAUAUAGAGGCCUUUACCCAAGAAUUAAUGCAUAGCAGCAGUUGUUUGUUUUAGUUAUUAUUUGUGUGUGUGUGUGUGUGUGUGUGUGUGUGUGUGUG